CUUAUGUGUCAUUUACAGUGGAAGAAAAUGUUGAAUCCACGGUGCCAACUGUUAUGAGCCAAGGAACGAUGUACAACACACAAGAUCUGGGUGUGUGUGUACUCGCUCCCUCAGGUACAGACAGCCCCCGUGGUCUGACUCGUCACGCCUCCUUCCAGGUUCCAGCGGGAACUGCAGCCAACACGGAACAGAAACCCUUCUCCUCAGCACCCAACAGUCCUGUUAAAGAACCGCCUCAGCAGUUCCGUAUGACGGAGCGUAUGCAGCAGCUGAUGGCGAUCUGUCGUCUGGAGCAGGAGGUGAACCAGCGUGAGGAGGACAGACAACGCUCGCUCAAACGUCAGCUGCUGGAGUGUCAACAGAAGGCCGAGCCGCCGGCUAAAGUACCCAGGGGGGACUUAGAACAGCCUACAGAAAUUACUGUUAUCAAGAAGGAGGUCCCGAGGCUGAUUCCGAUAUCAUCACUACACCCCAUCCCGCAGCCGGGACAGGACGCCAAGCCUGUUGCCAUGGUAACACAGUGCACCAAGGUGUACAGACCCAUCCUGCCUGCCAACAAGCUCCGCCUGGCAGCAACGGCCAGUACUGCAGCACAGACCGGCAACACUGCCACAUCAGCAGCAGAUGCGAGCCACACCCUCAUCCUGCAGCCUGUACAGAACUGUCCUCGGGGGACUGCCGCCAGGAUCGUCCUCUCACCCAGCAAGGUCGCCAAUCAAGCAGUCACCAUGGCAACCACGGGCCAGCCUCUCGCCACCACGAUGUCCCUAUCCAACCUCCUCAGCACCAUGGCUCAAACCAACGCUGCUGCCAAGGUGUCGGUACAGCUAAAACAGAACUGUUUACCACAGAACAGCACCACAACAGGGUCACACGAACAAGUCAGCAGGAUGACGCACCUUCAGGAAAGUAAGGAGGGUGUUCCAAAGCAGGAGAGCAUGGCCAACACUGCCUUUACUCUACUGCAAAGUGCCAACAGCGCGUUCACCGCGACCGCACGGUAUCUUAACGUCGGAUCACAGGGUCUGAAUGCAUCAGCUGUACCGUCUAGUAUAGUGGUGACCCUACCGGACGGUGUGGUGAGUAACCAGUCGGUAAUGUCAACUGCGGGACCAGUGCCAGCUAGGAGAAGCGGGCGGCCAGUUCAACCAAAGCGUCUUGGCGACGAAUUUGAGUACAUUCCUGUGGUGAAACGUCGGAGGGUGGAGGAAGGCGACAGUGACAGCCAACAAGAAGGAACGGCCGCGGAGGCAGUUAUAUGUCCAAGUGGUAACAGCAGCCAGGAAGCAAGCCCAAGUCGUUCUGAGUCUGACAAGGAGAACGCCUCUCCAGGCGAACGCCUAAAUAUGGAGGUGGAGAAGGCACAUGAUCAGAAGCAGAGGGAGCUGUCGGCCAAUCACAAGCCCUCCCCGCAUAGAGCGCUACAUCUCUCCCCCGAGUUCCAAAACUCUCCGUCGCCAGCCAAAAGCGACAGCUCGCCCACCAAUGUCACGUCUGACAUGGACUUGGCUAUCCCCAUAGAUACAGAGGAGCGCCAACAAGUUACCAGUCAAGAUGGCUCUCAAUGUGAAAGCAAGGAGGAUCAGAGAGAAAGUCCAUCCUCUGCCCUUCCCCAACCCUUUCCUCAAAGCUGGCCAGCCAGUCAGCAGGUUCCUGACAGGAAGGAUGCCAACACGUCGGGCGUCCCACAAGCAGCCAUGUUUCCCCCUGAUCUCCUGUCAGCUAAGGUGAUCCCCGUCAUCACGUCUCCCUACCAGCCAGUCUUCCUGAACCGCAGCGCCAGCAGCUCCCCCGUGGGCUUCUUCAGCCGUCCUGUGUCAUUCUCCGACCUGGAGCACGUGUACUCCCCGACUGGACAAGUCCUCCCCAUCCCCACAUCCUUCCCCUCCUCUCCCUCCCUCCUACACGCAAGUGGUGCCUCCCCUCCCCAGCUGGCGAUGUUUGGACCAACUCUCCAGCAACCUGCCUCCCUCGUCACCCCCCAGACCAGCCCUCUGCACCACCCCAGUCCGCCCCACUCCAGUCCUAACCAGUCGCCGCUGGUUUUCCCAUCUGCCAUCGUGCCAAGCAUCGCCCCUGGAGGAAGCCCUACUGCUCUUCCCGUUGCUAUAACGACUGGCCCGUCCACGAUCGGGUUCACGUUACAGCAGCUACGGGGGAUGGGGAUCACCACACAGCCGGUACACAUCGCUCUCAACCCCUCCUACAACGUGUCAAUCAACCAGGUUGUCGGCGGCAACACCACCACCUGCACCUCCAGCCAAUCAGAGAGCAGGGCUGUGCCACUGGUGUCAGCCGGCCAGGUUGCUAGCGGCAACACGUCGCCUGGCAACAGCCACGGGAUGACAUCCCUGCGACCGGAGCUUAACCCUCUCAUCAGAACCCCAAAUGCCAACUCCUUGAACAAGGACAGUACUUUCUUUCACAACACGCCAUUGGUUGUCCCAGUUCAGACAGGCGUGCUCUCCUCACCUACAGCCAAUCAGAGCACAGGACACUUCGGAACAGCUCAACGGAAGCUGUCCCUGCCAAACGAUCCUUAUGCAGAAAGCUCAUAAUGCCAGAGCAGUACAGCUGCUUUUCUUUUCUGUAGCUUUUGGUCCUCAUCAUUACAUUGUUUGAUUUUUAGAUACUUCAUAUUAUUAUUAUCCAAAAAUUUAAAAGGCAUUUCUACAAUGAUAGAAACCGUAUUCAUUUGGUAUUCCCACAUAAAUAGUAACUACUUUCCUUCAGAAGAACGGAAUGAUUUUGAAUAGUAGAAAACUCUCACAUUCCAUUUGAUAAGCAAGCAUAUUAACAUCUGAAUGUAAAUGUAUUGAGAAUUGAUGGGCUCCCAAAGGAGAUUGUUUUGUAGUUAAUAACAGUGAAACUUGGUGCUGUUUAGACCGUAGUGUUUCUACAAAAAUGGAAGAUUGGUCAAAUAGUGUUGAUGAAAUAUACUAGUAGCUACUGCACAAAUGUGACCGGCUUUGAUGAAUUUUGUAUGUUUUCUGGUCAUGUGGUCAUUUCUAUUGUAAAAUUUCCAUUUUAAUUUCUUUCACUACAUUGUUUUUUCUAGAUAGAAGUAUAGCUUAUGUAGUCUGUAGCUCUAAGCGAAUGUAGACUGCACUUCUUUAAUUCAGAUAUAAAUGAUUGUACCUAAUUUGAUAUUUAUUGCUUAUAUGUAAGCUUCUGUAAUCACUUAUGCUAUCAGUUGUAGAGUGAUCAGUAAACAAGGCACACUUUAAGUUCUGAUUUUUUUUACACACAAUGA